AUGUCUUCCGCCGCUGCCGCGUCACGCUCGCCGACCCGCCAAGGAGGAGACACCGGCUCAGACGAUGAAGACGCGCAUGAGUUCGUUCCGGUCAAGCGGACGGAUAUGCCGGAGUACAUCACAACAGUCGAGCAGGAGAUAGUUGGCUUAAUGGGAGGGCCUUCUGUGACAGAGGAGCAGGAUAAAAAAAUCGACGACAAAACGCGGGACCAAUUCAGAGUCAAAGUGGGUUUGUUUGGGCAUAACAUCGUCCACCACUUCACGGAGGGCCGGUACUUUGCGGUGUCCCGGUUCCUUGCAUCAGCCUUGACUGAGCUAGCCCACGCCAACCAACACAUCAGGAAAAACGUUCGUGUCUUAAGUGGUCUUGUGGAGAGCCAAAAGUGA